GUGACGAUCCGGGCCGCAGGGAAUCGCACCGGCGAAUGGAGACUGCAGAAGCGCAAUCUGGGGCUAAUUAGUUCUGUGUUAUAUAGGUGUUGCUACUUUUACAUCGAGUUGUAUAACCGUAUUAAAAUAAUAAUAAUAAUAAUAAUAAUAAUAAUUAAAAAUACAUUUACGUUUUGUCAUCUUUAGUUCUUUUUCCUCCUUGUUUUUUCUCGCUGCCCAUUCUCUGUUUAUUGACCUUGUUGAAGUGCUUUAUUUAGCCUCUCACUGCUCGGUCUGGGCUAAAUCCGGCAGAACUGAACACCUAUGAAAUGACUGUGUUACUAUUGAACACGACCGUAGAUUCACGCUGCAUAUGAGUGAUGUGUAUUUAUUUAUUUAUAUUGUUUUCGCUGCAGUUGUCACAAACUAAAAGCGGUUGUUUACGUUAUUUUGAUCAAAAAAAAAAAAAAAAAAGUAUAUAGUUUGUCACGCUACAGAAAGUGGCUGAAAACCGGGACUUUUUAAAGAUUUUAAACAAGGCUUCUCGACACGGGAACCCUUGGGACUGUGCCGGUAAACCGGGCCGUGUGGUCUCCCUGCUGGAGAUGGGUCGCGCCUCCGUUACCGUGAGAUCAGAAACAAUCCGACUGCGGACUCCCGGCCUGCCGGGAAACAGGGCUUUAAACCGCGCUUGGGCGGCAUGUGGGCAAAGCGCAGGCAGAUUGGCUUGUUUGAAUCGUUUACAUUUCUUUCGUCGUGAGAGCUUUAAUAUAUAUAUAUAGGCCUGAGUCUAUACAUCCUCACAACAGCGGUCUCUUCAGCUUCCAGGGACGGGGUAGAGGCCAGUGAGACAGGGAGGGACGGAGGGAUGUCCCGCUGCAGGAGUGCAGGGCUGGGCGGGUAAGGGGAAAUGAAGGUAUGUUUUAGGCAGGAGGCUGGGCCUGUUCCAGGAUACAAUUCAACGGCACAAAUCGACUGGAAAUAACAAUAAUAAUAAUAAUAAUAAUAAUAAUAAUGUUACUGCCCCAAAGCUAGUGCAUUGUGCCUGCGCCGUAGACCGACACGUCUCAAAAUGAAACACAGGCAGGCAAAUGUUUCAGCCCCAAGCUAAUUAUAUACUGGCUGGGACACAACCUGACAACGCUACACAAACAUCGCUACACAACCUGACAUCGCUACACAAACAUCGCUACACAACAGCCUCAGCCACCCUGUGCAAAAAUCUACAAGGGAAGUGAAGGAUUGUGGGCGUUACCCUUCAUGACGUGGAACCGUUUCGAGUAGCCGGUUGGUCAUCGCCGUGAUUGACACGUUUUGCCAAGACACCUGCCUCCGCCCCUUCGCAGUGACGUCAAGACAUAUGCAGUAGUCUGAUUGGCCGCAGAAAGAUUUUAAAGUUUGUGAACGGUUUGAGCGGGUCGGCAGCGGCAGGGGGGGAGAUAAAUGAAUGAAAACUACAAGAAUAAAUAUAACUUAAUAAUCCAGAAACAAACAAACAAACAGCAGCAAAACACGCCGACUGAGAGACGCGGGAGGUGCUGAUUUUGUUUUUCGGGGUAAGGGGGAGCCAUGGACACACUGUCGAAGGACACCAGCUCCUUGCUGGAGGUGUUUGAUCUGAAGCUGAAAGAGUACGUGAAUGAUGUGGAGAACAACCACAUGGUCUGGCUGCUGGAGAUCCAGGAGGAGGCCAGCAAGAUGUUCUGCAGUGAUUUCAGUUCCGAGCCCGAGUUGAUGCCCAAGACCCCCUCCCAGAAGAGAAAGGGCCGAAAGAGGCUGUCUGUGGGUGGGAGUGGGACCCAGAACGCCAACAAGAGGCGAAUCUCCAAGGGCAGGCGGAGCAAUGUGCGUCGCUCCUCCUCGAUGAAGGUGCAGGUCCUCGGCUUGCUGGCAGAGGAUGUGGAGCAGGGGUGGGAGACAGAGGGGGCCAGGCCCAAGAGGAGCACCCGCAAGGCAGCCCCCUUGGACUGCGAGGCAGGGGCAGCCCUGGUGGAGAGCAGAGUCCCCCUGGUGGAAAUCAGCAGUGUGGAGCGCCGGUCUGCAGAGCUUGCCCAGCAGGAGGGGGAAGCGUCUGCCUCCACCAAGACCUCCAGGCUGCUGCCUGCCCCGGGAGCAUCCUCUCUCAGCGUGCCUGCAGUGGGAGCCCCUGUGUCGGGGCACAGCGAGGGCUCGGGGCGCAGCGUCUCCAAGCUGCCCAUCGCAGAGUCAGGCUCGUCUACGUGCCAGAGCGGCGACGCCCCCAAGUCUCACAAGCGGGCUUCUCGGUCCUCAGUGAGGCGCUCGAUCGGGGGCCAGCGGUCUCUGCUCAGCAUCCGAGAGAGCAUGACCCGCGAGUCCCUGCGCAGGGCCAGCCGCCGCUCCUUCCUCAGGAAGAAGGCUCUGCUGGAGUCCUCAGUCUCCAGCACUGUGAGCGGGAAAAACGAUGCUGAGGUCACUGAAGAGGGGCAGGAGGAGGUGAAACAUGAGGAGGCUGUGCCUGCUGCUACCCCAGAGACUCCUGUCCCAGUGGUGGAGAUCGUGGAGUCCCCUCCCAAACGCCACUCCAGCCGGCUGGCCACCAGGAGCAGCACCCAGGCAGCAGAGUCCAGCCUGGAGGCACAGAGCCUGCCCUCUGUGGAAGACUGCAAUCCGCAGAAGACAGAUGAAGCUCAAACAGAUCUUGGACGGAAGACCAGCUGCAAGCGUCCUGUGAACGAGGUGGAGAGCAGUGCUGGGAGAGGUGCUCAACAGGACGAGGGCUCCACCAGCCCCAAGAAGAAAACCCCCUCCCCUCCCAGCAGGACCCAGAGUGUGAUGAAGCCCCACAUGAAGUCCUUCCUCCAGACUGUGCAGAAGAACCAGCUGCUCAUGACCCCCCUCUCUGUGGGCCGCUCCACUGUCGUCAAGUCAUUCAUCAAGCGCACCACCCCCCUCAAGGUGGACCUCAAGACUGGUUCUGUUGAGAAGGAGAGGCAGCGUCUGGAGAUGCUGAAGAAGAAACAGGAGCAGGAGUUGGAGAGGAAGAAGAAGCUGGAGGAGGAGAAGAGACGCAAGCUGGAGGAGAUGAAGAGGAAGCGUGAGGAUCGCUUGCGUAAGGUGAUUGAGGCUCGAGAGAGGGAAGAACAGAAGGAAGAGGAGAAGAAAAAGAAAAUUGAGCAAAAGUUUGCUCAGUUUGAUGAGAAGAAUGACAAGCUGCGCGAGGAACGGCUGGUGGAGGAGAAGGCAAAGAGGAAAGUGAUCACCAAGAAGACUGAAGAGGUGGAGAGCCGGCGCAAACAGGAGGAGGAGGCACGCAGGAACAAGAUCCAGGCUGCUGAGGAGGAGGAGCGACGGCUCCAGGAGCUGAAGAAGCGUGAGGAGGAAGAGGAGCUGGAGCGCAGCAGGAAGCUGGCAGAGGCCCGCAGGCUGCAGGAGCUGGAGAGGAAGAGGGAGCAGGACAGGAUCCAGGCAGAGAGGGAGCGUGAGCGAGCAGAGAAAGAGAAGGCAGAGGCCCUGCAGAGAGAGGUGGUGCGCGCAGCCAGAGAGAAUCUUGCUCUGAAGGCAGCAGAGGAGAAAGCGAGGCUGCACAAGGAGGCAGAGGAGAGGAGGAAGGAGGAGCAACGUCGGGCAGAGCUGGAGCUGCAGGAGAAGCUGGCCAAGGAGAAGCAGGUGGCUGCAAAGAUCCUCAACGUCACGGUCGACAUUGAGCACGAGAACGGGGCCAGCGAGUCUGUCCGUAACCAGCAGGUGCUAAAUGUCACUGUGGACAUCGAGAAAUCUCCUCAGUCCUACCAGAUGACUCCCAAGGGUGGCAACGUGCAGAAUUUGGAUGCCGAUGAUUAUGGGAUGGAUCUGAAAAGUGAUGAUUCGACAGACGAUGAAGGGGAGCCAAAGAAGCCCCUCCCGUCCUGGGCUGAGGGCAAGAGGCUGAACCAGGCAGUCAUGCACCAGUACUACAACCCCAUUGAUCUGGAGAAACGCUUCCGCACGGUCCUGCCAAUCAAGCUGGAGGAAAUCUUCUGCAAGAGCAAACCACGCUACUUCAAACGCACCAGCUCCGCGGUAUGGCACUCCCCGCCCAGGGGGCACAGCAAUGCCACCAGCAUGGGCACCUACUCCCUCAGCAAGUUCUAGCAGCGCGGGGGGGGGAGACUCCCGCUGUACUGCAGGGUCAUGCUUUGCUGUGAGUUUAAUAAGACACACCUGAGCGUGUGACACUGGCUAAUCAAGCUCGUAGUGGAACUUGGAAUGGAGGUGAAUCCGCUGUGCAGUCUCAACUACUGUGUCUGUUUGUUUAGACUGUAAUACACGAUAGAGUUCCUUCAUUAUUAUUUUUGACAGAGUAAAUGUUUAAGUUUAAAGAUGAGGCGAAUGUGAAUGAGUUGUAAUACUUGAAGAAAGAACCCUCAGCUUGGAGUUGUGCUGUCCUUCAAGAAUACGACCCUUCAUCUGUUUUGCUGUGCUGCACUUGUGUGUGUCUGCCUGUAUUAUAAAGGAUGCAUAGCCUGUCUUGAGGCUGCAUCUCCGCUAUAUAUAAAUAUCUAUCUCUAAUUUGUGUGUGGUGUUGGUAAAUUGAGUAUCGCGGCGCUAGUUUCAGAAGUGUGGAUCUUCCAGGGAAUAUCUUUGCUGCGAGGUCCUGCUUCUCUUGCGAACGUUGUUGACCUUCAUGAACGAUAUGGGUGGAAGAGGCUAGGCUGGGUUUGAUUGUGAGGUGCAGCGUCUGUGCAUCUUAAUCUUUCAUUGUGUAUGUGUGUGCGUGCCUCGGUCGUUCACUGUCGCUGUCUGUUUUAUUAUUUUUGUACCCCCCUCUCGUUUUACUUUUCUGACUGAUUUUAAUAAAGUUUCUUUUGAGUA